UGCCAAGUUAAACUUGUAACAGGAGGGAGUAUUCAUUACUCGGUUCACUGUCUACCGCGCGCCGUAGGAGAAAAUAGACUCCUGACUCCUUAAAUAAGUCAGAUGUCAGAUACACUCAAUUCACGUCCCGUGUUAGUUAGUGCCUCAGUGGCUGAAAAUUAAGAAGACGCGCGUGCAUUAAUAUUUAUAAAAAUCUUAAUUAAUAUCAAAGUCCGAAUAUUUUAAUGUAUAAUCAUUUUAUAAAAACUACUAUAUAGUGGCAAGUGUUAAGUUGAGGAAAAGUGUUGGGAUUUUUUCGCUUUAUGGGACGUGGCAGAGCAUAAAUCAUGCAGGUUCAUAUCUGGAACUACAUGAUUUUAACUAUAUUCACUGAAUUAGUAUCAUAUACUGUAUCUUCGAUAGAUAUCGAAGAAAACAAUAAUGAACCAAACGACAACGUUGAGUACAUAACAACAACAAAUGAUAAAACCGUAAUUCUUCAGUGUCCAAGAAACGACAGCCGCAUAACAUGGAAAUAUUUAUAUAACAAUGAAGAUUUAAGUGGCGAAAUAAUUAAGAAUAACUCUGCUACUUAUGAACUUAAUUCGAAUUCCCACCAUAAUAGCAGUCUAUAUGGAUGUUUUCUUAACGAUUCAAUAUUAUUAAAAAAAUUUAAUGUAACUGUUUUCGAAGCUCCCUAUUUCAUAAAAAAAAUGCAAAAGCUAGUAGUUAAGCCUGCUGGCAAUAUGGCUAGAUUAAACUGUAAAGCUGCGGGAGUUCCUUCACCAAAUAUAACUUGGUAUAGAGACGACAAAUCGCCUCCUACUCGAAAACUUGGGGACAUUAAGAUCAAUCAUUGGUCUUUAACAUUGGAAGAUCUGGUUCCUAAUGAUAGAGGAAAUUAUACGUGUCACGUUUGCAAUAUCGUUGGUUGCAUUAAUUUCACUUUCGCUGUGGACGUUGUGGAAAGAUAUCACAAUACCCCAAUAUUAAGAGCAGAACUAGAAAAUACGACUGUUGUUGUUGGAGACAAUGUUCGACUCAGUUGUGAAUUUGUAUCUGAUUUGCAUCCGUUUAUCAUAUGGACAAAAUCACUUUACAAUUACGCUAACUGUUCUUACGACGAUGUAAAAAAUUGUGAUGCUAAGAUACUUCAGAAGAGCGAUGAUGGUAAAAUGAAUGCAGAAAUAUAUGAAAUUCUCAAUGUUACUCACGCUGACGAAGGCUGGUACGCCUGUUUUGCUUCUAAUAGUCUCGGAACUACAGUAUCCAGAGCAUACCUCACGGUAGUUGACGAACAGCCAGUCCUGGAAGAAGAGCCAAGCAGUUCAAGAGCUAAUGUGGGGGUAAUAGUGAUUAUAAUCGGCAUUGUUGCAAUAUUAGUAGUUUUUGUAAUUUCAUGCAUCUGUAUGCAUUAUCGACAAAAAAUUAAACGAGAAAAACGAGAAAAAAUGAUUGCUGUUGAAACAGCCCGUGCUGCUAUUGUUACUCAAUGGACGAAAAAAGUUAUUAUAGAAAAAAUUACCAACUCUUCGGAAAAUAUUUCAGAGCCUCUGCUUAUGCCAGUUGUUAAAAUAGAAAAACAUAAAUCUCAAAACGCUAAUUGCGAAGAUGGGAUGGUGUCUGAAUAUGAAUUACCUAUGGACUCUGACUGGGAAAUACCAAGAGACUCGCUAAUAUUGGGAAAAACUCUAGGCGAAGGUGCUUUCGGUAGAGUUGUUAAAGCUGAAGCAUCUAACAUAGUUAAAUCUGGAAGUAAAACUAUUGUUGCUGUUAAGAUGUUGAAAGAGGGCCACACCGAUAACGAAAUGAUGGAUUUAGUGUCAGAAAUGGAAAUGAUGAAAAUGAUAGGACGACAUAUAAAUAUAAUAAAUUUAUUAGGUUGUUGUACACAACAAGGUCCAUUAUUCGUAAUAGUAGAAUAUGCUCCUGAUGGAAAUUUAAGAGAUUUUUUAAGACAACAUCGGCCUUCAGCUGGCUAUGAAUUAGCUGUCGGAGAAAAGAAAGAAAAGAAGACAUUAACACAAAAAGAUUUAGUAUCUUUUGCUUAUCAAGUUGCUAGAGGAAUGGAAUAUCUGGCUUCAAGAAGAUGUAUACACAGAGACUUAGCAGCAAGAAAUGUAUUAGUAAGUGAUGAUUAUAUUUUAAAAAUAGCUGAUUUUGGAUUAGCUAGGGAUAUCCACUGCAGUGAUUACUACAGAAAAACGACAGAUGGAAGAUUACCUGUUAAGUGGAUGGCUCCUGAAGCCCUAUUCCACAGAGUUUACACCACACAGUCAGAUGUUUGGUCUUACGGUAUUUUGUUAUGGGAAAUUAUGACAUUAGGUGGUACACCCUAUCCUUCUGUUCCAAGUGUAGAAAAACUGUUUCAGUUGUUACGAAAUGGACACAGAAUGGAGAAACCGCCUUGUUGUUCUUUAGAAAUAUAUAUGUUGAUGCGUGAAUGUUGGAGUUACCAACCAAAUGAACGUCCAGUAUUUUCCGAGUUAGUUGAAGAUUUAGAUAGAAUAUUAACUAUCACUGCAAAUGAAGAAUAUUUGGAUUUGGGUUUGCCUCAGUUAGACACCCCUCCUUCAAGUCAGGAAUCAAGCUGCGAUGAAGACUUUCCAAUUUCUAUUCCACAGCAUCUGCCCUAGUCAAUAAUUUAAAAUAAAAACAUGAAUGGAACUUGAAAAAUUUCAUGAUUUGACAAAGUGCUCCAUACUUUUGUUUAUAUUACCAAUGGUAUUACUUAUAUUGUAUUCUCAUAUUGAGUAAAAUACGAACAAAAUAUAAAUAAAAUGAUAAAUAAUGGGGUUUACUUAUUGUCGUUAAAAUAUUACUAAAUGUUUUGUAAUUGUUGUAUGGUUUAACAUAUGUAUACUGCAAUCUGUCGUAUAUUGAGUUUUAUAUUUGAUACAUAGUUGUAAUAAUAAUAAUAAUGAUAAUAAUACUGUAAAUUAUACUACAGUAGUUGUGUCGUGUUAAACGGCAACCCAGAAGAAACAGGAAUUGAAACUGAUUCUGCGGAUUGCAGAGAUGAAUAUAAUCAAGGAAACUAGCAAAUCAUUAGUAAACAAUAGUAAAAAAUACAAACGAUUGAGCAGUUGUUGGUGGAUGGUGCGUACAAUACAAUCUACCCAGCAGAUUUCAUUUUAUGUACUAUAGCUUUUCGGAAACUAUGAUCCUGCAUCAGAUAAAUUACCUAUCAGCUGAAUGUGAAUACUUACCUAGAACUAUAUUUUUAUAAAAGUUUUGGUGAAAAUUUCAAAAACUCAUUCUACAAAUACCUAUUAUUUUAUAGGUUUCCUUUGUUUAUGGACCUUAAUUCAGUUGUGUAAUAGAACCGUAAGAAUCAAUAUUCUGUCGAUUAUGCUGCUCAUAAGAAUUAAUCAUAGAAUUAAUAAAUAUUAAAUUUCAAACAGGUAAAAAAGUCGUCGCACUCUCGAGAGACUAUAGCGCAUUUUUUAUCGUUAGCAAUCAUAACAAAAAUCUUAAUUCAUAAAACGAAAUUUUAUAUAUAAUUUCAUUUAUUUUAUAAUUUUGUUCUCAUUAUUUCUUGAUAAUUCUCAUUAUGAUAUGGUUUAUGAAAUGAACAAUGACCCUAAAUGACAUGAAUUGACGUCCAUUGAAGCCAAUUGACGUGUAUUGUUAUGUUGGUCGAUGACUUAUGAUGUCUAUUAACGUCGAUUCACGUCAAUUCCUGUCAUUUGACCAAUGGAAUCACAUUUCGGUUAAAAUGAUUAAAUGUUUCCUAAAAAUGUCAAAAAUUUCAUUUGUUUGUAGGCACAUAUACAGCUAUAUAGGAAUUAAGUGCGGACAGACGGACGAACGAACAAAACGUCAGCUUUAGCACAUUUAAAUCAAAAUGCGCUAAAAACAUUUGCAAAUGAAACAAGAAAGGUUAACCCAAUCAUAAUUUCCGAGAAGCUAUUAGACUAAAUUAUUUUCGUCAAAAUAAGAUUCACGACUUUAUUAAGAUCAUAGCUUAUAAAUAAACUCAUCUUAACUUCAUAUAAUUUGAAAAUUGUCAAAUAUUCAAUCUAAUUUCAAUAGUUGUUAGUAUUCAUCAAUGUCCAACAAAUCCAUUUACAAUCAAAAAUUAUGAUUUCUAACUAUAUAUCUAGUCCUCCCUGUGUUUGUUAUUUGUAAUAUGAGCGAUAUUAAUUUCAAUGCAAAGUGUAGGUACAUCUUACUAUUGCAAAUGUUUUUAUUUGGAUAGAAAUGUUGAAAAUGUGACUGCAGUUUCUAAAUAUAAGUGAUUGGCAAUACAAUACAAGAACACAUUUUCAGUUUUUAAAUUAAUGCAAAACGUCUAAAAGUAUGUUUAAAGAAUUUUGGGAUUAUAAUGUCUAUAACACGGUACGCCAACACAUGAAAUCUGUGCUAUUAUACAGAGUAAGCGUCAAGUAUGCAGCGCCACAAUUAUUUCGGAAGCGGCUUGCAAGAUUUGUAUAAAUUUUAGAUAUUAAGGGUUUUUUAAUCGCAAACUAUAUUUGUGAUGUCAGAUUUUUCGAUUUUCUGGAAAUAUAAUGAUUUUGGCUACUUCGAAUAGACUAUUCUAAUUAUUUUUUGUUCUCACAAUUCUUAAAAAAUAAUUUUCGCGUAAUAUUUGCUACUCAAUUGCCAUUUGCAUUAUAGAGAUAAUUCAUUCAAUGAUACAUAUCCUAAUGGAAUUCUCAAGUCUACUGUUACGAAAUGCUACAGCAAAAUAGAUGUUCGUGUCAAAAUAAAUCCAAGUUUGAAUAAGUAAGCAGAGUAGAAACCUCUUAAAACAUAAAUUAAUACAAGCCAAGAUAUUUUUAAAGUUUUAUAAUAUAUUUUCCAACAACUCCGAAAUUAUGACAAUUACUUAUAAAUAACAUUACUGAACCAUAUUUCCCAAUAUUUCAAGGUGAUGUUUUUUGAAGAACAGUCUAAUUAUAUUUAUAGAUAAACGAAACAUCUGACAACAAUGUAAAUAACAUAAAAUCGUGUAAGUUGUUUCCGAGAUAAUUGCGGUAUUCCAAACUUAAAACUCUUUAUGUAUGCAUUUUUUGUAAAAUUGAAGUGUGUAAGUAAUUAAUAGUUUAGAGAAUUUUCAGAUAUUUGUAAAUAAAAUGUUUUAAACU